AUGGAUUCUCUUCAGUCAAAUUCGAAAGUCGAAGAAUCAGAACAAAACUCCAUAGUCGAAGAAGCAGAACAAAUCUCCAAAGUCGAAGAAGCAGAACAAUACUCUAAAUUCGAAGAAGCCGAAUCCAAAGGCGAAGAAGCAGAAGUUCCAAUUUCGCUUCCCUACGACCCUACCGGAACCGCUCUUCCCUCUGGACAGGAUGAAUCGGUGCCACAGGAGUCACCCGAUGCAGUCGAAGAACCAAACGAUGAAGUUAAGGAUGCUGAUCGACCCGGAUCCGACUUGAAGAUCGAAUCCGACUCAUUCUCUGAAGAAGGUCCAACUGCUUCUUCGUCUGACAACCCUAAAUCCCCGAAACCGGAACUUUCCGCCGCUCAGAACGGUAGCGCGAUGGAAGAGGACGAAGGAGACGAAGAGGAAGAUGAACCACCGCCCAAGAAGCAGAAGCGUCUAGAUUCCCUUACUUCAGUCGCCGUGAAGGAAGAGGAGGAGCCAGGGCAAGUGCAGCCAUCGGAAGCAAUGGCUGUGGAAGAGGCAACGACUCCGAUUGUGAAUGCGGCUAAGAAAUCGAAAUCGAAGAAGAAGAACAACAACGUUUGGGUAACGAAGAGCACACGAAAGGGGAAGAAGAAGAGCAAAACCAAUACGCCGAAUUCAGCCGCUGUAGAAGACAAGGUUCUGAUAACUCCGGUUCCUAGGUUUCCCGAUAAGGGCGACGACACUCCCGACUUGGAAAUUUGCCUCUCUAAAGUCUACAAAGCUGAGAAAGUUGAGAUUAGCGAAGAUAGACUUACUGCAGGAAGUGGUAAAGGGUAUAGAAUGGUGAGAGCUACAAGAGGAGUUGUGGAAGGAGCUUGGUACUUUGAGAUUAAAGUUGUGAAUUUGGGCGAGACGGGUCACACACGGCUCGGUUGGUCGACUGAUAAAGGAGAUUUGCAGGCUCCGGUAGGGUACGACGGGAACAGUUUCGGGUUCAGGGACAUUGAUGGAUGUAAGGUUCACAAGGCUUUAAGGGAGAAGUAUGCAGAGGAAGGGUAUAAGGAAGGUGAUGUGAUUGGAUUCUACAUAAAUCUGCCUGAUGGUGAAUCAUUUGCUCCAAAGCCACCACAUUACGUGUGGUAUAAAGGGCAGAGAUGUGUAUGCGCACCUGACACUAAAGAGGAGCCUCCUAAAGUUGUACCAGGCAGUGAAGUAUCGUUUUUCAAGAAUGGUGUGUGUCAGGGAGUUGCAUUCAAAGAUCUUUUUGGGGGUCGUUACUAUCCUGCUGCUUCAAUGUACACUCUCCCCGACCAGCCAAACUGUGUUGUGAAGUUCAAUUUUGGCCCUGAUUUUGAAUUUUACCCUGAGGAUUUUGGUGGGCGUGCAACCCCGAGGCCCAUGUGGGAGGUUCCGUAUCAUGGAUUCAAUGGUAAACUUGAAACUAAUGGUUCUGAUGAUAUGAAGAGUUAG